UCUCAUUUUUCAUUCUUUCAAUUCUCACUCCUUUUUAUCGAUCAGGAGCUUAAUUUCUCCAUACCAUUUUGCUUAUUUCUUGUCCUUGCUGAGACAUGCAUAUCUUGUGUGUACCUAUGUUGACACAAAAUUGUUCUUGUAUGCAUCUUUUCUUGCAUAUAUUCAUUGAUAUGGAGUAUCAACAUCUGGAGAAAAAGAAUGGAAAAACAAUUUAUAUAUACUCCUAUUAUAUUUGGAGCUUAUUCAAGAAAAAAAUAUAUAUUUCAACACUAAUUCGGCUGAUAUUUCUUACUACUACAUCCAACAUGGAGAUGGGUCGAGGAAAGAUAGAGAUAAAGAGGAUAGAGAACAACACAAACAGGCAGGUGACAUUUUGCAAGAGGAGAAAUGGACUCCUCAAAAAGGCUUAUGAACUCUCAGUACUUUGUGAAGCUGAGAUUGCUCUUAUUGUUUUCUCCAGCCGUGGCCGCGUCUAUGAGUACUCUAACAACAACAUUAAGGCAACUAUUGAUCGGUACAAGAAGGCUACUUCAGAAACCUCUAAUGCUUGCACCACUCAAGAGCUCAAUGCUCAGUUUUACCAACAAGAAUCGAAAAAGCUGCGCCAACAGAUACAGAUGAUACAGAAUUCAAACAGGCAUCUGGUUGGUGAAGGUUUAAGCUCUUUGAACGUAAGGGAGCUGAAGCAGUUGGAGAACAGACUUGAACGUGGCAUUACUAGAAUUAGGUCAAAAAAGCAUGAGAUGAUACUAGCAGAAACUGAGAAUUUGCAGAAGAGGGAAAUUCAACUUGAACAAGAGAAUGCAUUCCUCAGAUCAAAGAUAGCUGAAAAUGAGAGGCUUCAGGAACUAAGCAUGAUGCCAGCUGGUGGGCAAGAGUACAGUGCAAUUCAGCAAUAUUUAGCAAGAAAUAUGCUUCAACUUAAUAUGAUGGAAGGAGGAGUUCCUACUUCCUAUCAUCAAUUGCCUACUGACAAGAAGUCCCUUGAGCUUCAGUAGACCGACCGACCGACCGACCGACCGACCGACCAUCUUUUGGCUUCCCAAGUGACUCCACUAAAUGCUUUGAGAAAUUUAUUAUGAAGGAAUUUGGUGUUUAGAAUUUAUAAAGCAAUGUCUUAUGAUUGUGUGUUGCUUAAAUUAGUUAGUACCUUAUUUUGCCGUAUUUGAAUUGUUUGCCAUUAUUUUGGGACUUGUAAGAAUUUGAACUGGUGGAUGUAUCAGCUUUGUUGCAUCAGACUUUGCAAAGAACAAGCAAGUUUUGGCUAAACUUUAUAGGCAA